GAAUUUACCGGUUACUGAUAAGAGUUUUAUAAGUGUCAGCGGUUAUUAUAGAAUACAUUUACUUAUUUACUUGUUUAACUGCAUUCAACUAAAGAUAUUUCACAUUUACAUUUAAGUCAAUUAUACAUAUUAACGAAUACAUUGUUAUUCAUAAAAGAUGAGUUAUACAUUCAAUGGAUUUAUAACAUUUUGUAUUAUGAUCAUAACAUUGAAUAAACAAUUUUAUGAAUUAAAUGCUGCAUAUCUACCAUUUAAUUAUCGAUGGCCAAUUGUACCAUAUAUGAAUGAUGAUGACGAUGGAUUACCACAUCGUAUACUUCCAUCUAUUUCUUCAUUAUCACAUUUACAUAAAAGAGGUCCAGAAUUAAUUAUUCCAUUUAUUAGUGGCGGUGUUCCAGCAAAGAAAUCAGAUAUUGAUUAAAUGAAAUGUAAUUGAUUCCAUUCUUAAAUAUGACUGGAUAUAUUAAGCAUUGUGAUAAGUAUUUUUUGGUUUAAAAUAUACAUAUUAUUGAUUCUUUAAUUAA